UCCAUUGCUUUUCUCGUCAUUUUUCGUAUGAUUAAAAUGAAAUUCCGUCUAUCGAAAUGUUGUUUCGUUUUCGAUUUGCGCUUGGGAUGUUUUCUUGUUGCGUUAACUGGUUUGUUUUUCGAACUGAUCGGUAAUUCGUGUGGCAACGAGGGCGAAUACUCUGAAUUCCCCACAACACCGAUGGUGGUUGUUGGACGCACAGUGGGCAUGCUUCAGUUUAUUGCCUGCAUCAUACUAUUUGUCAGUGCCAUUGUGGAAAUAUCCGCAUUGAUCUGCAUCUAUUUAGUUAUAAGCAUUGGCCAUAUCGUUUUUGGCACAGGUUGCCUUAUUGUCGCAAUUACAAAGUGGGACUGGGAUCACAAUUCGUUGACCGACACCGUAUUGAUUGGCAUCGGCUUGGUCUUCAGCGUUUACUUUUGGCUUGUGGCCUACUCGUAUUACCAAAAAUGUAGACGAAUUCUGCCUACUGAAGUUUUCGAGGAUUGAAGACAAAGGAAAGUAUUUAAGCCAGAUAAUGUAUGGGAAUAUAAUUAUGCACAUAAAAAAAAAAACGCCAAAAUGUUUUAUAAAGCACAA